AUGACGUCCACAAGUUCCGGCUGGGCGCAGCUUCGCCAGCAAGCCCGCUCCCUCGAGACCCAGACCGAAAAUCUUUUCCAUACCUACGCACAAUUCGCUUCUCUUACAAAACCUCCACCAGAACCAACAGAAGAGGAACUGCGGAUUGAAUCACAACUGAAAGACCUCCUUGAACGACGUGACGCCCUAAUUGCUCAACUCUCUCGCCUCCUUGACUCCGAAGCUACCCUCACAUCUUCCGCUCUUAAACAGAGUAAUCUCUCCCGCCACCGCGAAGUCCUUCAGGACCACCGCCGUGAGCUCCAGCGGCUGACUUCAGCCAUCGCCGAGGCACGCGACCGUGCCAAUCUUCUCCAUAAUGUGCGCUCUGACAUCGAUGCCUAUCGCGCAUCAAAUCCCAGUGCCGCCGAGGCUGAAUAUAUGCUCGAGGAGCGCGGUAGGGUUGAGAACAGCCACAAUAUGAUGGACGGUGUCCUAAGCCAGGCAUAUGCGAUCAACGAGAACUUUGGUGUGCAGCGCGAAACUCUGGCCAGUAUUAACCGGCGCAUUGUUGGUGCUGCUAGUCAUGUUCCUGGUAUGAAUUAUCUCAUGAGCAAGAUUGGGACGAAGAAGCGGAGAGAUGCGAUUAUUCUGGGAUGCUUCAUCGGGUUCUGUUUCCUGAUGGUACUUUACUUCCGGUAA